CGCCAUUUUGUACUACCUCCGAGCCGCCACAGCUGGUGCCAGCGAGUGGAGGGGGUUCCGGAGCGAGUUGGGAAGUCGCGGAAGCGAGGAUGGCGGAACCCGGGACCGGGUCGGGCGACCCCGCCUUUGGUCCGGGCGCCUCGGAGAGUGGGACGCGGCGGCUCAGCGACCUGCGGGUGAUCGACCUGAGGGCGGAGCUGAAAAAGCGGAACCUGGAUACGGGAGGCAACAAGAGCGUGCUGAUGGAGCGGCUGAGGAAGGCAUUUAAGGAGGAAGGACAAGAACCUGAGGAGGUUGGAAUCAGCUGGGGAGCUGUGAGCAAGAGGGCUGUAAAGAGAAACACCAAAGGAUCCAAGAUGGAGGAGGAGGGCAGCGAGGACAACGGCCUGGAGGAAGAUUCCAGAUAUGGGCAGGAUGGGGUUGUGAUUCUUCAGAGUUCACAAGACAGGGACACCAUGGAUACAGGUGUGCCAGAUGGGAUGGAGGCUGAGGACCUCAGUGUGCCCUGCCUGGGGAAGGCCGACACCGUCAACCAGAUUCUUCAUGCUUUUGAUGACAGUAAAGAGUACGUGGCCGCGCAGCUGGGACAGCUUCCAGCUCAGCUCCUGAAGCAUGCUGUGGAUGAGGAGGUCUUCAAGAACACUCUGGAAGCUUCCGUGUCAGACCUUAAAGUAACUCUGGCUGAUGAAGAAGCCCCCAUGGAACCAGGUACUGCUGAGGCAGGCACAACAGUGCGGUUUGCGCCCCUGCUGCUCGCACUUAAGUCCUGUCUGUUCUCAGCUGUGUUAUGGUUUCAUAAAUCACCCCAGUGGUUGACCAUCCCAAUCGCACAGGAUCAGAGAUUGGAAACCCACUGUAUCACCAGAUCUGUGCGUGUGCUGUGGCAGCCCAAGACAGUCUUGGGGGCAGAUGCGCCGCUUGCAUCAGGCCAUGCAGAGUGGCAGUAAGUGGCCACAAGGUGAGGCAGCGAGUCCACACACAAGACAGAUCUUGUGAUACCUUACCAAGCCAAAGUCAUGGGGUUGAUGCAGUUAAGGCAGGCUGAGGCUGUGGUAGGGGACUUACCCCGGAAGCCACCAAUGUCAGAAGAAAAGCGGGUUUCUGCCAAGAUGUUCAUCAUCAGCCCCUAUGGACUGCCAUGUUCCCAAAGGUGAAGAGCGGUUCAGUAGCCUUGGACUGUGGUGCUGACCGCACGCAAUCCAUCAAGCUGAGAGCAGCAAGCUCCUCAGUAAAUGGUGACUGCCAUGGCUUCAGCACUGUGGACAUUGGGAAGGAAUGUGCUUGAUGGAAGACACAGGCGUGACGGAACCUCUGAAGAAAGCCGUGGAAGCUGCGCUGUGGUUGUAGGGUAGAAGUAUGGGGGGGGGCCCACCUCUGCCACUGGCGCAGGCUGGGGGCGCCAUGGCCGUGGGCGCAGGUAGGGUGCAGGCGCUGUGUAGCGGGUUUUCCAAUCUCUGUGUAGCCAGCAGUUCUGUCGGUGUGAGCAGGGCCGCAGCGCCCGAGCCGCAGUUGUGAUUGCUUUAUUUCCCUGGUGAUUAAACCUUGUGCCAUUCUAUUCCUGUUAAAUCCGUAGAAAAUGAGAAAAUACUCGACAUUUUGGGGGAAACUUGUAAAUCUGAGCCAGUAAAAGAAGAAGGUUCGGAGCUGGAGCAGCCCUUUGCCCAGGCCACGAGUAGCGUGGGGCCAGACAGGAAGCUGGCGGAGGAAGAGGACCUAUUUGAGAGCUGCGGCCACCCGGAAGAGGAAGAGGAAGAGGAGGAAGAAGAUCAGGAAGAGGAGCAGGAGGAGGAGGGAGAUUUAGCUUUGGCCAGCAGCAGCAAGUCUGAGUCUCCAAGCACUCGGUGUCAGUGGAGCGAGGCAGAUGCCCCGUUAGCAGUAGUGAAAAGGGAGCUGGCAGAUGCGCCGGGUGGAGGUGGAGGUACUCGGCACAGGCGGAAGCGCAAGCGAAGGCGGAAGCAUCAGGCGCAGGCAGAAGCUCUGGGCACAGGUGGAGGUGCCGGGAUGAACUGCGAGCCUGUAGGGCUAGAGGAGCCAGUUGAACAGAGUAGCACGGCUGCCCAGCUCCCGGAGGCCACCAGCCAGGAGCUGGUGCGAGCGCCCACGGCAGCCCUGAGCCCUGAGCCCCAAGAUAGCAAAGAAGACGUGAAGAAGUUUGCUUUUGACGCUUGUAAUGACGUCCCUGCGCCUCCUAAAGAGUCCUCAGCCAGUGAGGGCGCUGAUCAGAAAAUGAGCUCUGUUAAGGAAGAACAAGAUAUAAAGCCAGUCAUUAAAGAUGAAAAAGGUCAUCGGAGCCAAGGUGGUCACCAAUGCCCGCAGUCCAGGGGCUCGGUGCUAUGGAUUUGUGACAAUGUCCACGUCAGAUGAGGCCACCAAAUGCAUUAGCCACCUGCACAGAACUGAACUACAUGGGAGGAUGAUCUCUGUGGAGAAGGCCAAGAAUGAACCCUCUGAGAAGAAGUCGUCAGACAGGAGAGCAUGUGACCAAAAGGAGAAGGUGCCAGGGCCGGACAGGCCUCACCCUGUGAAGAUCAAGACGGAGAAAACUGUGAUCAAGAAGGAAGAAAAACUGGAAAGAAAAGAGGAGAAAGGGCCAGAAGACAUUAAAAAGGAGAAGGAUCAAGAUGAACUCACACCAGGAGCUGCUGGUCAUUCUCGAGUCACCAAAUCAGGAAGCAGAGGCAUGGAGCGUACAGUCGUGAUGGACAAGUCCAAGGGCGAGCCCGUCAUCAGUGUGAAGGCCACAAGCAGGUCAAAGGACAGACAGAGCUCCAAAAGUCAAGACCGAAAGUCAGAGGGCAGGGAGAAGAGAGACAUACUGUCAUUCGACAAGAUCAAGGAGCAGCGGGAGAGGGAGCGCCAGAGGCAGAGGGAGCGUGAAAUCCGGGAGACAGAGCGAAGACGGGAGCGGGAGCAGCGAGAGCGGGAGCAGCGUCUGGAUGCCUUCCAGGAGCGACGGGAGAAGGCUCGCUUGCAGCGGGAACGGAUGCAGCUCCAGUGCCAGCGGCAGCGGUUGGAGCGGGAGCGGCUGGAGCGGGAGAGGCUGGAGCGGGAGCGCAUGAGAGUGGAGCGUGAAAGGCGCAAGGAACAGCAGCGCAUUAUGCGUGAGCGGGAGGAGCUGCGGCGGCAGCAAGAACAGCUGCGUGCUGAGCAGGAACGGCGGGCACUGCGCAGACCCUACGACCUGGAUGCUAGGAGAGACGAUGGCUACUGGCCAGAAGGGAAGCGUGCAGCCUUAGAGGACAGAUACCGAGACUUUCCACGGCCAGAUCACCGCUUCCAUGACUUUGAUCACCGAGAUCGUGGCCAUUACCAGGAGCAUGUCAUAGACAGGCGGGAUGGGUCCAGAACCAGAGUGGAGGAGCGGGAUGGGCAGUACUACCCAGAUGACCAGCACAGCCAUGGAAGGCUCCUAGAGCACCAUGCUUGGGAUUCCGGAGACGGCUGGCAUGGCUACAGCUCUGACAAGAAGUUGAAUGAAGGCCAAGGGCUACCCCCUCCCCCCAGGGUCAGCCGAGAGUGGGCGGAGCACAGCUCACAGUUGGAGGAGCAGCAGGUUCCUGUCUGGCACAGUGCUGUGGACACAAACAUGACGGGCCAUGAACACAUACGGUGGCGAGGUGCUGAGCGGGGCCUUGCAGGAGGACCUGGGCAUGGGCAUGUGGCAGCAGGCCGGGGUGGCAUGGCUGGGCAAGGCAGCUUUGCACACGGUGGACAUUCCCAGGGCUAUAUUGUGCCCAGUGGUAGACUGGAAGGUGGUGGCAUGGCCAGCCAGGACCAGGGUGGCCGAGUUCCUAACCCCCACCCUCACCCCCACUUCACCCGCCGCUACUGAACUGCUCUGGACCAAACCCUGCUGCUGCAAGUAGGCAGAGACUGCAACUCCAGCCACCUCCCACUUGUGGAACCCUCACAGGUUCUGCCAAGUGUCGAUGUGAACUCACUCUCCUAGUGUUUUUAAUAAACACAGUCCUGUUCUGCUGUUUGUAAGACAAGGUUUCUGCUGCCAGGCAUUCUGCGUCCCUCUGACCCAUUCCACCCUGCCCUAUUCUUGUGGCUGCAGCUCUGUCCUGCCCUUGGCCCAUGCUCAGGGUCCAGGUCUUCUGCCCCACAUCUCAGACAUGGCGGCGCUGGAAUCAAAGCUCAGAGGCUGUGGUGUUAGAGGCAGCUGCAGAGCCGCCAGCUGCCCUUUCUCCAGGACCAGUACAGAAGCCUGAGCCGCCUUUCCCUAGCAGCCUCCUUGAAAGGCCACAGCCUGGUGGUGCAGGCACUAUGUGCCUUCUCAAGCAGUGUCGUCGACCUGCCUAUGCCAGCGGAAUAACCCACCUCUGGAUUUGUUCCUCCCAGUCUGAGCACAGGCUCAGGAGUGAGAGCAUCCAAACCCUUGUGGCUGUGGCACUGGUGGCCAUGGCACUGGUGACGUCUUACAUAGUGAGAGGUCCUUGCAUGGUGACUGACAGUCUAAUUGGUUUUUUUUUAGUACUUGACCCUACCACUAGCUGCCUAUGAAGUCAGAGUCCUUUAAGCCACAAGUUUGGUGCCCAAACCUGCCUUCGGCCAUCUCUGAGGCCAGGAUACCAUUUGUCCUCUUGGUGUCUUUUCCACCAGUGCUGAGUGGCAGCAAACCUGCCUCUGCAUAUCUCAGUCUGCCAGAGCCCACCUUGCCACCAGCACUUCAGUCAAGUGAGUCUCCUUUCACUAGGGCCCUGGUCAUGUGGGCACUCUGCAUCCUAUACCAGGUAGGCCUGGCCUGACAAGAUCUGUCUCCAAGGCUAUAUUUGCAGAAUGGCAAAGCCAGCCUAGGCUAGCAGGUAGGACUGAGGGCUACUGAGCAUGUCAGCAGUUCCAGUGCUAGAGGGUGUUAGCAGUUCAUGUGUCAUCCCACCGCCAAGGCUGAGGCAAAACCAGUUCAGACAGGACAUUGUACUUCAAGGACAUAGUGCUCAGUGGAAUGAGCCAGACACUACUGGGCCCACUACCAGAACAUCCCCGAAGUCCUCAGCCACAGAAAGGAAGUGGCAUUGUGGGUGCUGGAAGUUGGGAAAGGAUACAAUUAGUGUGAAAAGUAGACGUAGCUUUGUUGUGCUGAGAUGGAAUCUUUAGGAGUUGGGUGGUGGGCAUGGCCACCCAGCCUUGAGAAUGAGCUUUCUACCCUCAAGCAGUGUCCUGAAAAGGCUAAGAUGGUAAGUUUGGGGUGGUGUUUUAAGGGGAUUACCCUCUUUGGGCUGACUGUCCUCAAAUUCAUAAUUCUGUCCUCCCAGUGUGUGCCACUGUACCUAUCCUGCUUGCUGGAGGGCUUCUAACAGUGCAGAAAAGGUUUAUAGUGCUUAGUAUACAGCAGAAAAUGGUGACUGCUGUGACUGCUUCCUGUAUCCAGGUUCCAAAUCCUGUCUACCUGCCCAUCCCUAUGGUCUGCAUCUUUUCAGAUGCAAGAAUUAGGGUCCAGAGUGGGCAUUUUGCCUGUGUGACCUUGUACAAUCCACUUUAAGAAACCUGAUCACCAGGUAUGAUGGGGUAGGCCUGAGAUCAAGGCCAUCCUGAACAACCUACCAAGUUCCAGGACAAGAAAAAGAAAUCUGAUGGCACUGGUCAGAUCAAUCACGCCAGCAGUCCCUGGGUCUGAUGACACAUGGAAAUGCUAUCCUGGUAACCUUAGACAAGUGUGGCUACGUUCUUCAGGGACAUCAGAAUUACCUAACACUGGUUCUCUGGGUUCUCGCUUCCCAGGUGAUCCCUGCAUCUCUUCAGACAUGCUAGGACCCCUCAUGGGACAAGCAUUAAGGAACCUGCACCUACUGUGCACACUGUCUGUGGUUCUUUAUGGAACUUCUGUGACCUGUAUCCACUUGCUCCUGGUCCCAGUUCUCUCAGGCCUAUCCCUUUUUAGAUACCUGCCUGUCCCCUACCCCUGACCGUCCUUAGGUUACUUUUUUCUUUUCUUAUUAAAACAAAGUUGUUCUUU